ACGAUUACGAAUUUGAGUAGUCCUCAGGGAAUGAAUCAUUUCUUCUAAAUUUCUUUCUUUUUCAAGGGUCUCACAGAAAUGGUUUGAAAAAAAGAAUAUGGGUAACUCUCAAGAGAAGUUACCACUACGAAAAACACAGUCAGUUCCUGAUACACAGAACCUGUCUAUAAAUGAGGAUUUUAAAAGAAAUAAAAGCCGAUUUUCCAAUCGUCUUUUCAAGUUUGGAUCAUCAAAAGAUUUAAGUAGAACUAAGAUUACAAGCAAUGGUAAGGGAGUUGAUGAAACAGAUAAAGCUCAGUGGAAUGUACCAUGGUCGGAGGCCUUGUUUCUUCCAGAUUUUCCUAUUAGGGGAGAUGCCGAGGAACAGGAUUAUGUGGUGAUUGAAACACUUGCUAAAGGUGCCUAUGGAAAUGUACAGAAAGUACAGAAAGAGGAUGAGAAGAGAUUCUAUGCAAUGAAGAUAUUAGAAAAACAACAGAUAAUAGAUGAAAAUGCUAUUCAACAAUGUAAAGAUGAGGCAGCAAUACAGUCAAUGCUCGGAGAUCAUCCAUUUAUUGUCAAGAUCCAUGAAUAUUGGCAGUCAAAAGAACAUCUGUAUAUAGUUUUAGAUUAUGUUCCUCAUGGUGAUUUGUUCUCAUUAUGGACAUUCCAUACCAUGUUUCCUGAACGAUUAGUUCGUAUUUAUAUAGCUCAAAUGGGCAUGGUCUUAGAUCAUUUACAUAACUCAGGUGUUAUUUACAGAGAUGUAAAGAUGGAGAAUAUUUUAUUUGAUCCACAAGGUAACGUUCAAUUAAUAGACUUUGGCCUUGCCAAAUGGUUACAAAAGACUGAACGAACCAGGACAGUAUGUGGAACAUUACAGUAUAUGGCCCCAGAAGUAUUAGCUAUGUGGGUAUAUGAUCAUGCUGUAGACUGGUGGUCAUUAGGUAUUUUGAUGUAUGCCAUGUUAUGUGGCAAGUAUCCUGUUGAUGGUGCUAAAGACCAUAAAGAUAUGGCUAAACAUCUAGCAGACUGUGAUUUUUUAAUGCCAGGCACUAUUAGUGAUGAUGCCCAGGAUGUUGUAAAUAAAUUAUUAACCAAAAAUCCGUUGAAAAGACUUACAGAUCUCAAUACCUUCCAACAUUUACCUUUUUUUGAAAAUCUUAAUUUUACAAGUUUAAUAGAACGCAAGAUUACUCCUAUGGAUGUUGUUCCUCGUGACUUUUUUCCCAUGACUGGUUUAAGCUGGGCACCUUUUGUUGCAGAUUCUGAAGAGGAGAAAAACUUUCAAGGCUUUGAUGGAACUAAUUGUGUAUGGAAUUUGCCAGAAGACACAGUUCCUGUAUUUGUUUAAAGACAGUAAUUUAUCAAGCACAGGAAAUUCUUUAUAUUUUAAGACAUUUUUUUUUAUUAACAUCUGAAAAUUGUUAUGGAAUUUACCAGACAGUUCCCGUAUUUGUUUAAAAACAGUAAUUUAUCAAGCUAAGCAAAAGAAGUUCUUUUUGUAUAAAACAUUGUUUUAUUAACAUCUGACAAUAAUUGUGAGUGAGUGAUUGUGUAGUCAGAUGGUGUUGUUCUUGUGUUGGUUCGGACCAUAUCACAGCUCAAACCUUGUUGUUAUUAAAUAUAAAUGUAUUGUUAUUAUUUGUGUGUGUGUGGUUGUAUUUUGUUUUGUUGUGCAAUUCUAAGUGAAUGAUUAAAUCACCUGAGGUUGUAAUGUUAUGUAUUUUUUUUUAGAGAUGAUACUAGAUUAACCCGAUCCUUAAUUACAGCAUUAAUUAGCAUUGCAUUUAUAAUGAUAAUUGUGCCUAUGUAACAUAUUUAUUAAACUUAAAUCAUAAUUUUAUGGCAGGACCAUUAUCAUUUCAUUUUUUCAAUUUCAUUCAAUCAUUCAUUCAGAAAUUUAAAUUAUCUAUGCAAUUUAUGACAUUAAAUUUUUGUAAUUAUAUUUUGCUAUACAUGUAAUAUAUAAUUACAACAUAUUUAGAGCUUUUUGUACAUAUCAAUUACUAUAACCACAGUCACUUCUAUUUUUUAAACUAUAUUUUAUUAUACAUUUUCUGAAACCUUACCUAAACUUACGGACAUGUAGUUAAUGCAUCUAUUAUAGUACAAUACAAACAAUUGGCAGAUGUUAUAGCUGAUGCACCACAUCACAAACCACAGUGGCCCAGUGCAGGAUCAAUGAACAAGAGGCCCUGCGUUCUAUGCCGAUGUUUUCCCUUGUCAGUGGUGCAGGACAUAGAGUCUUGCAAGGAAAAGCAUCUAGUCAUUCGGAUGGGAUGAAAAACAUAGGUACACUUGUGUUCUCUUUCACUUUCACUUUAAAGACUCUAUGACAGUUUAAUGAAAAGUUGGUAAAAAUGCUGCUCACUGGGUAAUAUUUCCCUUGUAGCAUUCUGUUAGUGCAGAAACGUGAAAUUUAAAUUCACAUUUUAUUUACUAAGCCAUAUCAACACCCAACAAGAAAUUUAACAGAAAUGUGAAUUAUUACAAGCGCAGUAUUAACUGACAAUAUUAUCAUGACUUUGUGUUAAAAUUUUUUAAAUCAGCAUUUGCUAUUAAUAAUAGAAAACAACUGUGUUUAUCAUUAAAAAAAUAUCAAAAUUUUAUUGGUAUUUUAAAUUUCAUAUUUUUAAAAGAUAUGUAUUAGUCUCAAAUUAACGAAAGCAAGUGUUCACCAGAAAUAAUUUUUUGUUAUUACAUAUCACUAUUUUAAACAUGUGGGUUUCAAUAUGAUGGCAGACAUGACUGUAUUUAAAGUACCCGAAUUUGUCAAAAAUUGUGAAUUGUAAAGUGUUCUUUAUAAUUGCUACCUUCAUUGAAGUGCUCUGAUUGCACAAUUAUAUACAAGGAAAUAUUUGAAUGAUAACAUUAUUUAUAUUGAUCAUUUUCCUACCUAUUGUCUUUUUAUCAAAAUAAUCAGUAGAAAAAUAUAGAGUUAUAAAUGUAGUAAGCGAAUUUAUACAUAUUAAUAUUGUCUAAAAGUACACCCCACAAAAAGAGUAAGCAAACCGAGAAGUGAAUGGAUCAAGCAACUAUUAUAUAGUCUUAGAAAUCUUGAUAUCAAUAUACAUUUGUACCAGGACUCAUUUACACUUGAAUGCUACCAGGGUGGUUGAGUAAUCUAAUGUGUGCAUUUUAGAUAUCAUUAUGUCUUUUGGCAUGGUUUGAUCCCAAGCUUGUAUUUGAAAAGGAUUAGGGUCGCUUCCCAACCUGUGGGCUUUCUCUGGGUCCUUUGGUUUCUUUCCACUGCUAAAACCAUGUACGUGCAAGUGAAUUAUUGAAAUAAAAUUUACUAUCUGUUGGUCCUGAAAUGACCUGGUUGGUGUCCAGUGAUGUUAAAUCCCAUCCCUCUCUCUCUCUGGAAGCAGAAUUGCUGAAUUCACUGUUUAUUAAAGGUUGUAUCCAAUCUUAAGACUUAGUUUGUAGAUUUACUGCAGUCCAAGGUAAAUAAGGUGUAAUAAUUGUACGAAAUGUAUAUACUGUCAUAUUUUACAACUCACAAGUCCCUGUGUUUGAAACCAAAGCAAUGUAACAUAGUUCCAACAUCCUAAAAGACAAUAUUGACAUUACCUAAGCCAUAAAUUUUUGUUACAAGUUCUAGAGAUUAUAUAUUAUAGCCCAAAGAUAAGUUUAUUGGUUUUAAGGCCACACCAAUUUGAUUUUCUAUUCUUUAGGUUCUUGAUAAAUAAAAAAACACUUAAAUCACAUGAAAGAUGUUUUGUUCAAAAUUUCAAAACUUAAAAAUUUGGAACUAAAAGCUUUUGAACAGCCAACCAAGUAUUUUUUCCAGAAGAAAUAAGAGGGGACAUUUUUACAGGUGUUCCCGAAAAACAGAAAAUUAAAUUGGUGUGGCCUAAGUAGAAUUGCAAGAGAUUUUGACUUUGUUCAAAAUGAUUUGAAUUGAACUAAAUAAACAUUUGUUACACAGUAUUAGAUUAUUAACAAACUACUAGUUCUGUAUUGAGUGUUCAAAAUAUUUGUGUCUGUAUAGUCGAAGAGGCCAUAAUUGUAAAUAUAAUUUUGAUAGCCAAAGUAAUAUUUUAGACAUUAUAUAUAUUUGUACAUUAUUGCAAAUUCUCAGUGGAAAGUUGUUCUUACAAUUAACAGAUUGUUCAUAAAGAUGAAGACAUAAUAGAAGUUGUUAUUAUUUAUAGGUUUGAUUUUACUACAUUAUUUACUAAUAAACACAUGCAUGCAUUGUUUUACUGUUUCAUUUGCUUUUCAUUCAUCAAAAACUACUUCAGUCUUCAUUAGCCCCAUUGGUGCAGAAAGUAGGAGGUUAAACCUCAUUUCAUUUCAUUUAUUCAUAGACCAUUUCAGUCUUCAUUAGCCCCAUUGGUGCAGAAAGUAGGUUAAACCGCAUUUCAUUUCAUGCAUUCAUUCAUAAACUAUUUCAGUCUUCAUUAGCCACUUUGGCGCAGAAAGUAGGAGGUUAAACCCCAUUUCAUUUCAUUCAUUCAUUCAUAAACUAUUUCAGUCUUCAUUAGCCCCAUUGGUGCAGAAAAGUAGGAGGUUACACCUUUUUUCAUUCAUGCAUUCAUUCAUAAACUAUUUUCAUUUACUAGGUUCCUGUUUUCUGUAUAUUAUAUAUUUAUACAUGUAUGUAUAUUCUAGAGUAACUCAACACUUUAAUAAAAAUAUUAUAACAUGUAUUACAUUAAAACAAGUGGCUAUAGUAUUACAAAUAGUAUUUGUAGUAUUAUAGAAUCUACAGAAAUUGUUUGAGUAAGUAAAAUAUCUGAUUGAAUUGAAAAGUACAAUUUCGUUUUGUUUAUUUUUAUGCAGAAACAUGUAAUGUGGUGAAAUAGGGGUAUCGUUUCGGGCUUUAAUCCGUUUGAAUCCAGUUCAACAUGAUUUUGCCUAUUGAAAAAAAUAAACAAAUUGUUUAUGUGGUGAAUAC